CAGUUAUACUUGUAUAUUAAAGCAUAUCCUACCGCGGCAUUCGUUUUUUUUAUUUCUUUCAAGUGAGAGACAUAAAACAAAAGCCGAAUCUAAUUCUGUAAACCGUUAAAUUGACAAUUCUCAGUUUCACGUGGUUUUUAUAAGCAGCAUGGCGGCUGGAUUCAAGACAGUAGAACCUCUGGACUAUCACAGGCGUUUUUUGAAAGAAAACUGCAGACCAGAUGGAAGGGAGCUGGGAGAAUUCCGAACCACCACAUUGAACAUUGGUUCUAUUACAACUGCUGAUGGUUCAGCGUUGGUGAAGCUGGGGAACACCACCAUUAUUUGUGGCAUUAAAGCAGAACUUGCAGCUCCACCAGUAGAUGCAGCUAAUAAGGGCUAUAUAGUUCCUAAUGUGGACCUGUCACCACUGUGUUCAUCGAGGUUUCGCCCUGGUCCACCGGGAGAACAGGCUCAAGCGGCCAGUCAGUUCAUUGCAGAUGUCAUUGAAAAUUCAGACGUGAUACAGAAAGAAGAUCUUUGCAUUGUAAAAGGCAAGCUGUCUUGGGUCCUGUAUUGCGAUAUAAUGUGCCUUGAUUAUGAUGGAAAUAUUUUGGAUGCCUGCACAAUAGCUUUAUUGGGAGCUUUGAAAAAUGUCCAGUUACCAGAAGUUCACAUAAAUGAAGAAACUGACCUUGCAGAAGUGAAUAUGAAGCAGAAGAAGCCAUUAAAUAUCACAAAACAUCCAGUUGCUUGUUCAUUUGCCAUAUUUGAUGACACAAUUAUCAUAGCUGACCCAACUGUUGAGGAGGAAAACCUGUCAACAGGAAUGAUUACUGUAGUAACAGAUGAAGAUGCGAAACUUUGUGCAGUCCACAAACCAGGAGGAACUGCCUUAUCAGGUGAAAAACUCCAAGACUGCAUCAGUCGAGCAAUAACAAGAAACAAAGAAAUUAACAAACUGCUGAACGAAGUGUUAAUCAGUGUGAAACCAAAAUAAGGACACCAGGGG